AUGAUCACCGAGCACGUGUGCGGCGAAGGUGGUUGUUUGAAAGCGCGCACUUCAGUGACGUCGAAUACACUGAAUCUGGUAGUACUGGCUUAUGCGCCAGUAGCGUUGGUUUGGGAUCCUGUUGUACAUAUCGUUUUGCUGGAAACAUAUCGGAGUGCGAUGAAGAUCCGCAGUGAUUUCUUCACGAAACGUCUGAAUCGUGAAUCAUCCGAACCAAUGUCAGCUUCGCCAUCUUCAUCACGAGUGUUCACGUUUGUCAUCGAUACCUCAUAUCCGGUGAAACUUCAGUUCCGUUUGCCUCGAGAGCACAUAAUGUGUUGGGAAGUGCCCUCGUUGCAUAUUGAACGCGAUGAGAAUAUCACGUAUAAAAUGCCGACAUUCAUCGCACGUAUGGACACACACCCGAUACUCACACUUGAGAAGUUCAGCGUUCAACGGCGUGCCAUAGACGCGAGAAUGGAUUUGGGACGGGCCGAAUUCAAGAAUUUGAUGAAUCGAACGAAUAAAGUGUGGUGCUGGGCAGCCGACUCGUUCGCAUUACUCUUCCCGUAUGGCUAUAAUUUUGCGAGUGCUUUCGAUGAGUUGAUUAACGCAUGGAAAUGGAUAAAAUUGGUGCAUGAUCUCAAGCAAAAACCGUUCACAGUUGAUUCACCGUUACCGAGCGAUUUGAGUUUUUCAAUCAAGCAUGCGUCGUUUCAAAUGAAUGAUGAUCCGUUUGAAGUGCAACUGCAAAGCAAUUACGAGCUGAUGGUCGACGAGGUGUACGAGUGCGAGAGACGCAGACGAAUGCUUGAUCAGAAACUUGAGCAGCUCAGGAAGCAGCAUCCGUUAUUGACACAAUCGAAAUGCGAUGAAUUGCAUCGAUCAUUGCUGAAAAAGAACUCGGAAAUUUAUGUGGAGCGAUCGAAGAAAACACCACAAGCACGAACGCAUUUGGUUAUUUGGACAAUCACAAACCUUGAGAUUCACGCUUAUGCAGACAGAUCAUUGCAUGGUAAAGAGAAUGCAGUCAAUUUGUUGAGGAAAUUCAAUCCAGAAGCGCCGUAUCCAAGCGAAGGGAUGGACUUCAGUACGUUGUGGGCACGUGCCGUCGAGUUGGAUUUCAACGAGUGGCGUAUACAGUUCCGUGACUAUCCACUGCCCUAUCAAAUGAUGAGAGAUGGCCAUUUCUGGGGACAUCUCGUUGGUGCUGAACAUUUGGCUGGUUGGUUUCUUUUUCUGUUUUGUUUUGAAUCAUCGAUGGAGUUCCCAUGGGGUGAGUACACCGUGGACAGGAAUAUGUGUCCACUGAAGUAUUAUUACGAUUUGGAGUGUGAAAUCGCCGAUUUGAACGCGACUUAUGGACCGUGUUGGGAGCCGUGUCUAUCGAUGAUUAGUUUGUGUUGGAACAACGUGAGCGCACCGUCGAGGUUGGUAAUUCGUUUAAAAUUUAUCAUUGUUAUUGGUAUCGUUUCAAUAUGA